AUGAAGUACUUUGCGCAGGGCCAAAUAGAGUGUGUAUGCGUUAUUCGUGGUGCCGGGAAGUUCGGAAUCGUGGUGGGUGCAGCUGUUCAGAUCUCACCGAAGUUGCAGGCCACCACAGCCACCAGCUGUGUGGAGAUCAGUGACUGCGAGGAAGCAGCGAUGGAACUCAGUUCUGAGGAGGACAAGGUGCCGACAGAUCUGACGGCGGAACUCAGUGGGUUGAUGAGCGUGAAGCCCGAAAUGAGGAUAUCUCGAGACAAAGCCUUAGCACUGCCUGAGCUGCCGCUACGAUCGACUAGUGUCUCGCAACUCCUGAAGGAGGUGCAGACUCCUAGCCACCAGCACUUUUUUAUUGGUGAAGAGGUGGAAGACAACGCCCAGCAGUUCUACAUCGGUGAAGAGGGGAUGCCAGUCGCGCGUCGUGGUUUGGUCGAAGACGAGAGCGGCGACAGAGCGCUCCAGCAACUCCGCCAGCGUGCUGGAGGGGUCAGCAAAGUCUCUGUGGACAAGACUCAGGUUCAGCCAAUUGUUGCCGAGGAUGGCCUGAGCGCAGUAGACACCUUCCGGGAGAGCGCGGCAAAGGCAACUGCUUCCCCAAGAGAUGAUGGAGAGGAGAAGACCGUGGUUACGACUACAGUGACUACAGCGAGGGUCUCUGAAGCAACUGAAGCAACCCCAGCCAAAGAUCCGCUGGUGACUGCCUACAUGCUGUAUGAGACAGCCGACAUGCUGAUGACGAUCUACUGGAUCUUCUUUUCACAGCUUGUUCUGCAGUUGUUCUACUUGGCUUUGACCUUGGCGGCGCCUGUGAUUUGGCCCUGCCGGGCGAUUCUUCGUCUUCUGUGUCGCCUUUUCGGCAUUUACGAAAUGGAGAAAGAUCUCUGGCGAUUGUUGGAAGCGAUCUGUCACCAAGUGUUCUUAGCCUUGCAGCUUGUUUUGGAUUAUUUUCACGAGCCAUCUAUGUAUGUCACAAAUCGACUGGUGGACGAGUUCGAAACAAUACUUCCAUCACAAGCAGGCCGAAUCGCUCGGCACCCAGACGACUUGCUGGUCUUCACGCUGUACAUCCUGAUGUUAGCUGCCUGUGUGUGCUACGUUUUCCACGAGCUGUGGAUCUCCUUCCGACGCUUCUUGGCGCGGUCGGUCCGCUGCCGGCGGAAGCGCAACACCGAGCCGCUGCUCUACCGGCAAGAGGUGCCAAUGGGGCCCAUGGCCGGCCUGGCGAUGGCCCCAAUGGCCGCCCCUCCAGGCUCCCUGGCGCAGUCGCCUGGGAACCGGCCACGCCCUGCCUGGCUGCCGGAGGAUUGGCAAAUGGAAAAUCUCGAGAAGUCGUCAAAGCCAAGGGCGGCACUGCGAGAUCGACAACCCGUCUGCUGCUUUGACCUCUUGGGAGGAUUUUAA